GUCCCAGCGCCGCAGUCUUCGCGGAGAGCGCGGGCGACAGCAGCAGCAGCAGGUGGAGCCCGGCUCAGUAGCGAGCAGCGCUUGGCCGGAAAGCCGCGCCGCAGCCGCCCGGCCGGGAGCUGGCCCGCUAGGCUGGAGCCCACGCCGCCCCGGUCCGACCCAGUUUCCCAGGCACCGGGUUACGGAAGCCGGCGGCCGGGGGACGCGGUUGGGGCCGGGGCCGGAUGCAUCUCUGAGAGCACAGCUGCGUUGGAAGACCCCAGCCCAGGGCGCAGGGCUAACGGGACCUGGCUCGCCUCGGCCGCCACCUAAAGACUUGUGCUCCCGGGCAGAGCGGCUGUGGGAUUGGGGACCUCGGAACCCCGGGCACCUGGAAUCUGGGUGGCGCGCUCGCCUCACCUCCUCUACUCCGGAGCGGACAGAGAAGGCUCUUUUCCAGGGGACGGACCUCCUCGUCCGGUCCUCUGUGGAGUCCUAGCCCCCCAAUGCCUGUUGGUCUCAAGAACCUCUCUAGUUGACACAGGUCUGCAGGUGUUCUCUACUGGUUAGAUUUUUUCCUCGGCUAGGGGAACAGUUGCCGCCAGUGACAUUCUGUGCCCGUGGGCGCUCCACGUCCUGGGUCUCCUGUGCUGCCCGAGUCUUGCCGGCUUUGCUGACCCUCAAACUCUGUCUCUGCUUGUUGUGCGUGCUCCUAGCCGUUGGUUUUUCCGGGAUCGUGCGGACAAGCCGUCUUUCCGGCUCCCGUUUGGGAGGGCACUCGUCUCCAGGGAGCGGUUUUGUGUGUGGUGGGAUCGGGGUCCUCAACCAUGGCCUUCACCUUCGCUGCUUUUUGCUACAUGCUGUCCCUGGUGCUCUGCGCUGCGCUCAUCUUCUUCGCUAUCUGGCACAUAAUCGCCUUCGAUGAGUUAAGGACGGACUUUAAGAGUCCCAUAGACCAGUGCAACCCUGUCCACGCGAGGGAGCGGCUGAGGAACAUCGAACGCAUCUGCUUCCUUCUGAGAAAGCUGGUGCUGCCGGAGUACUCUAUCCACAGCCUCUUCUGCAUCAUGUUCCUGUGUGCUCAGGAGUGGCUCACCCUGGGGCUGAACGUUCCGCUGCUUUUCUAUCACUUCUGGAGGUAUUUCCACUGUCCGGCAGACAGCUCGGAACUGGCCUACGACCCACCAGUCGUCAUGAACGCCGACACCUUGAGCUACUGUCAGAAGGAGGCCUGGUGUAAACUAGCCUUCUACCUCCUCUCCUUCUUCUACUACCUGUACUGCAUGAUCUACACCUUAGUGAGCUCCUAACUCCUGCUGAUGGAGAGGCUGCGGCUGGGAACCACUGCGGCUGUGGCUGGGGAAGGACCAGAUGGGGAUGAUGGAGACACCCAGCUUGGCAGAGACUGAUUGGAAGGAGCUGGAGUCACACAGCAGACAGGGUCAUGUGACCCGUGUGUGUCUGUUGUUGCUGUGUGUGUUGCUGCCUUUGCUGUUCACAUCCCACAUGGAUUGCAGAUCCCCUCUGAGCGUCGGGGGUGCCAGCUUGUAGCUGAUGAAACACUCAACCUCUGGAGAUGAGGUUGUUGCUUUUUUCCUCCACUUCACUGAGCAUCAGUAACUUGCAAGUUCACAUGGAAGUGCCUGCCUGGAUGGCGGGGAUGAGGCCGGAAGCUAGAAGGUACCAGCCAAGGGACAGAAUGACUCGGGGCCAAGGCCACGUCUCCAGGGAUGAUUGAGACUCUCAAGGAUACCAUGGGCUGCCCAAGAGUCUUGUUCUAUUUUGUUGGCAGCAAGUUAUAGCCCAAUGCGAACUGGGGAGGGGAGUGUGAGAAAAUGGAUUUUUUUUAAAAAUGUUUGCAACAUG